AUGAUAAACACACUUUUUCAAGGCUACAUUGCUACUGGUUACGCCAAGGGUUACGCAAUUAACAAAAAGGAAAAUAAUAGCACGCAGAACAAUAGCGGAUGGAUAAAAAAAGUUUCAAGAUGUUCACCAGUAACUAAAGAGCGGAAGAAAAGUAGAAUAAAAAGUUAUCUUCAACCCUUAUUCAUCUCAUGA